AUGAAGCCUUGCAAGUGGCGACACCAGUGCCUUUACCAUCUCUACAUCCUAUGGACCCUUCUGCAAUAUCUUUCAUGGACUGUGGCUCAACUCGGCUCGUGGCUUGUCCAUGAACUCUUCUUCAGUGAUCCGCCUUCAAGACUCAACGGGAAAAUAGGUCUCGCAAUUCUAGGAGUUUAUAGAAGUCCAAAUGUGGCACUAUCUUGGGAAAGUGAUUUGGAAGAGGCCUUGACUCGUGCCAUCUGUGAAUCAAAUCACAUGGUAUGCCUGGGAGAUUUUAAUAUCAAUGCGGCGGACAUCUCACACACAUGCUGGACUAGGUUACUUCACAUAUCACGCUCUCUAUCGAUCAGGCAGGUUAUCAAAGAACCGACCCGCUCGGACUCGAUUUUAGACCUUAUCUUUGUAAGCGACGAUCUCCUCCUUUUAGAUUCGGGAGUGGCCAAGCUAUCAAGAGAAUUCGACCAUGACUUGAUUUUCUGCGACAUAAACCUAGAUCUAUCUACGAGACCGAGUGUAUACCGCGUAGGUAGGGACUUUAAGUUCUGCCCGCUACGUCGCUUUAAAAUAGCUAGACCCAGGCCGCCUUGGUUUUCCAACUCUGUAAAGAUAAUUGCUCGUGCCAGGGACAGAGCUCGUUCCAAAUGGUGCACUUCAAAAACUGUCAUUGAUAGAGAUAAAUAUGUGCUUCUCCGUAACUUCGCAACUAGCUCCCUCCGGCGCGAAAAAAGCGGGUAUCUGUCUAGCCUCUCAGAUAGACCCUCUUCUAAACACAUGUGGGAAAAGGUAAACCUGGCAGAUACCAUACCAUCAGCAGUAGCCUCAGAGACACUAAUCCGCGACCUUCAGUCAUCCGCUAGUAACAUUUCACCUAACUCACAGAAUACUUUCGUGUUCAAGGAAAUUGGCUUUAGUCAUUUGUAUCACGCUAUGAAAUCAUUCACUUCGACAGCUACGGGGUCGGAUGACAUUAAUAGUUCUUCAGUUUAUCUUUGUGUACCCUCAUGCCUUCCUGCAUUAUUAAAUAUCAUGAAUACCUCGUUAAGGCAGGCAAAGUUUCCCUUGGCAUGGGGAUCAGUAUUAGAGAAGAUCUGUCUUCAGCAGUUGACCCCCUUCAUCGACAAUAACAAAGUGUUACCUCUUAAUCAGUCGGGGUUUAGAAAGGGUUUUUCGGCUGCAACAACGCUUCUUCACGUAUCGGAUGAGGUAGGUAGGUCCUUGGACUGUGCAGAGGUAACUCUUCUGGCCUUGCUGGACUUAUCUCGGGCUUUCGAGACCCUUGAUCAUAGGUUGCUCUUGGAAAAAUUAGAAUCUAUAGGAGUGGUCACUAUCUAA